AACUCGUCGUGGAUCCCGUACAUCAAUCCCUCGAUUACCCGUUCGAGCGCGUGAGCCCUCAGGCUCCAUGCUCGUCUCAGAACCCUCGUUCUCUCCGACGGGGAGGCAAGGCCCCUCCACUUUACCCAAGUCUAGCAAAACGGGGUCAAACAAACGACCCCGACCCUUCCCCGAGUCCGAUCAACCUCGCGUCAAUCGUCGUCGCGUUAAUGACGAACCACGUACAAAGCGGACGAACCGCUGCCAACGCGCCUUAGACCAGCUGCAAAUAAUGCACGAACAUAAGCAAGACGUACUUGCGCUUGUUCAAGAGGUGAUGCAAGGCAUACAUCGGGUGCAGGUCAGGUUCGCCGACCUUCUGAAGGAAGGAGUUCGACGGGCGGGCGAUUGUCCACCGGAGGGCUCUACCAGGCGUAAAGAGAGUCGCGAGGCCGCGGUUGCUAUCAAUGAGGGGAAACGUGCACCGUCACCCCUCCAGCAGGGACAGGAAUCGACAAGAAAGGGUUCGGCACUCCGGCCUCAGGCUGAGACCCAUGCCGCGACGUCGUUGCCACCUAGCCACGUACAGAAAGCACCCGAAGACUACUCAAAGGAAGAGCUCGCAGCUCUAUACCGCGCCAAGCUCAACGCCCCUCCCAUACUCUGCACGUGUCAACCAACUGCCUCACAGCAGCAGAGCGUCGGCCAGACGACCUUCUCACGUCCUAGACCCCGGAUUGGUGUGGAUGCGCAGGGGUAUGCCUUCGAGGAUUGGACUGCUUGCCCGCGUCCGCGCAGAGCGCGACGGUCUCUUUUGCUUAAGGAGAAGAUGCUCGCUACUCAGUUGUGGACGAACGUCAACAGCGAAGUGGAAGAUGAUGCGCACGUCUUCCCGGUGCCUCUUUGUCCUCGACCUCCUAGAAUGUUCUCGGCACAAUUCAUGCUCCAGUUUAGGCACAUCCCCAGUGCGGUUUCUGACAUGUUGGAACACUGGCAUAUCGAACGAGGACGGUGCUUGAUGUGUGUGGCGAGGGCGAUGCGUACGUUUCCUCUGUGGAUCAUUUCAUGGAACGCCUUCAGUAGGACGGUGGAAGAUGGUAAUCCUGUCUUUGCGAACCCCGGACGCGAUGAAUUGGUGGAAUGGGAUGAAGCACGGAAGCAGUGGCGACAUCUCGUUCUCGACCAUUGGCAAUGGAUACCCCUCGAAGAGCUGGAGGAGAGGCCCAGCGAUAGCGGCGCUGAUCCCAAGAUUGCCAAUGGAUGGUCUGGGCAUCCCGUACCAAAUUCAUGCAACGUCUCGUAUUGGCGCAUUGUAGAUACAUAACAAUGCCAAGUCC